AUGCAGAGUAGCAGGCGUCCCUACAGAGUUUACUGGACGCAGCACUGCCUCACUACACAGUGUCAACACUACCCUGGCCUCAUAUGGAGGGAUAAUAGGAGGGCUGCAGACAGAUUUCCACCAGGCUGCAGGACAGACUCCAGGCGACAAGUCCGGGAGCAGGGGCAGACACAGGUGGAUAUCAGUAGUCUGAACAGGACACAGGCUCAGCAGGGUCGUCUGCUCAGUGCCCUGCAGCGCAGUGUGGAGGAUGCAGGACAGGCCGUGCAGAGACUGAAGAACAACUUUCAUGGCCUGCAGCAGACAGCCAGACAGACCCAGGCGGACACUGAUUGGUUGAGAGAGAAGGUCCAGAACCUGCAGGUGUUGACAGCCAAUAACUCGGCCCUGGCUCAGUCCAAUGGGGAGGUGCUGGAGGACAUGGGUCUGCAGCUGAACACACUGAUCAAUCAGACCAAGAACACCUCCUUCCUGACGGAGGGACACAACCAGAGCCUGCGCCUCUUCAAGGACCAGCAGAAAGACCACAAAAACACCACCUCCUCACGCUUCGACGAGAUGGAGGCACGCCUCAACAGCCACGAGGGGGACAUCAACCGCGUAACGGGGAACUUCAGCUUUGCCAAUCAGCUCCUGGGAAUAAUCAGCUCUGAACUGAACAGCCUGCGGACCUGUGCUGAGACAGUGACUCACCACUCUGACCUGCUGUUGGGGCUGAAUGGUAGUGUAGCGGAGGUCCGAGGGGACGGGCUGGAGCUCCAAGCCCAGCAGGAUGAGCUGACGGACAGGCUGGACAGGGAGGUCAACAGCCUGUCGCUCUUUAUGGAGGAGAUGAAGAUGGUGGACAGAAAACAAUCCCAACUCAUCAGCAACUUCACCAUCCUACAGGGUCCUCCGGGACCAAGGGGGGCCAGAGGCGACAAGGGACUUCAGGGGCCCAUAGGCCAGCAGGGUCAGAAGGGGGAGCGAGGGGACAAGGGAGUGGCGGGGGUGCAGGGCCCUAGAGGAGAGAAGGGUUCUGAUGGCCCCCCAGGGGUGGCAGGGCUGAAUGGGCCCCCAGGGGCCUUGGGAACACUCGGGCCUAAAGGCUACAGGGGUUCUGGGGGUCGGCUUGGGACCUCAGGGGAGAAGGGAGAACCUGGAGCUCAGGGCCUGGUGGGCAGAGAUGGACAGGCUGGUCCUCAGGGAGCCCAGGGCCCUCAGGGGGCAAGAGGCCAAGACGGAUCCUCAGGAACAGAGGGACCUCGUGGGCUGGUAGGACCCAUCGGCCCACCAGGGCCUCCCGGGUUACCAGGCCUCCCUUUUCAAGUUGUAUUACCCCCUGUGGUGACAAACUCCCCUAUAAUGGUGCAGACCCCCCGUAUYGAGCCAGAUGAGCCUGGGCAGCCAGAGGAACCAGAUAAGCGUGAGCAGCGGAGGGAACCACCUGUCCAGCCUAAAGAAUCAGUGGUGCCUGCUGUGGAACCAAAAGCCUCUGUUUCUCGACAGGUCCAACCUUCUCGCUCAACCACACCUGCUCCAGG